UUUUCUUUCAUUAGGGGGAAGGAGUGAGGAAAGUACCAAACAGCAGCAGACUUUUAAACUUUAAAUAGACAGGUCUGAGUGCCUGGGCUUGCUUUUUCAUCUUACUUCAUCCUCUGAGGAGUUCAAUCACUUGGCUUGCCUACUUCACUUCUUUUAAGAGAAAGAGCAGUACCCAGGCAACAUGGGUGACUGGAGUGCCUUAGGCAAACUCCUUGACAAGGUUCAAGCCUAUUCCACCGCUGGAGGGAAGGUGUGGCUGUCAGUCCUUUUCAUUUUCCGAAUCCUGCUACUGGGGACAGCCGUUGAGUCAGCCUGGGGUGAUGAGCAGUCUGCCUUUCGUUGUAACACUCAACAACCUGGUUGUGAAAAUGUCUGCUAUGACAAAUCCUUCCCAAUCUCUCAUGUGCGCUUCUGGGUCCUGCAGAUCAUAUUUGUGUCUGUCCCCACACUCUUAUACCUGGCUCAUGUGUUCUAUGUGAUGCGAAAGGAAGAGAAACUGAACAAGAAAGAGGAGGAACUCAAAGUUGCCCAAACUGAUGGUGCCAAUGUGGACAUGCACUUGAAGCAGAUUGAAAUUAAGAAGUUCAAGUAUGGCAUUGAAGAGCACGGCAAGGUGAAGAUGCGAGGGGGCUUGCUGAGAACCUACAUCAUCAGUAUCCUCUUCAAGUCUGUCUUCGAGGUGGCCUUCUUGCUGAUCCAGUGGUACAUCUAUGGAUUCAGCUUGAGUGCCGUUUACACUUGCAAAAGAGAUCCGUGCCCGCAUCAGGUGGACUGUUUCCUUUCUCGGCCCACGGAGAAGACCAUCUUCAUCAUCUUCAUGCUUGUCGUGUCGUUGGUGUCUCUUGCCUUGAACAUCAUCGAACUCUUCUAUGUCUUCUUCAAGGGUGUUAAGGAUCGUGUGAAGGGAAAGAGUGAUCCUUACCACACUACCACUGGCCCACUGAGCCCCUCCAAAGACUGUGGAUCUCCAAAAUAUGCUUAUUUCAAUGGCUGCUCCUCCCCAACUGCUCCUCUCUCGCCCAUGUCUCCUCCCGGGUACAAGCUGGUCACCGGAGACAGAAACAACUCUUCCUGCCGCAAUUACAACAAACAAGCAAGUGAGCAAAACUGGGCCAAUUACAGCGCAGAACAAAAUCGAAUGGGGCAGGCAGGCAGCACCAUCUCUAACUCCCACGCACAGCCUUUUGAUUUCCCAGACGACCACCAGAAUUCUAAAAAACUCGAUGCUGGCCACGAACUACAGCCUCUAGCCAUUGUGGACCAGCGGCCUUCCAGCAGAGCCAGCAGUCGCGCCAGCAGCCGACCCCGGCCUGAUGACCUGGAGAUCUAGGUCCAAUCGAGAUCCCACUCAGUCGUGGAGAGGAAACAGGUGCUAUAAAAAAAUGCACCUUAGGUGUUCAUUUUGUUCCAUUGGAGGUGGUACUCAACAGCCUUGUCAUGAGGCUUAGGA